AUGUCUUGGUCUCGCUCCUCGUCUCCAGAGCCAGAGACCUUACUGCCUAGAACGUCCGCUGCACGCUACAUCGAAUCGCAGGUCGAAGAUUCCGGUACUCAAGACGGCAUCGGCAUACGGCAAAACCUCUCCUAUGAAGAGCGCGAGAAGCGGCGAUUGAUAGCUGAGAUCCGGCGUCAGGACGAAGCCGAGGGGGAGGGUGUACCGGCACCGAAAACGGGCCUACCAUAUGACGACGAAGAUACUGGCGAAGGCCCCGAUCUGUCCGAAGACGAGGACGAGUCUCCUAUAAAAGCAAAUACAAUGUCUGAAUCCAAGCAACGGGAACAGAUGGCAAAGCAGUUGCGCGAAGAGUUUGAUGAUGGUGAUGAUGAUGAUGAUGAUGACGAGUAA